UAGGUAAAAAGUUAUGUACUAAACUUUUCAAAACUCAUGUGCAAAAUAAAGCCAACAAUUCGGUGAAUAACUUUGCGGGGGAAAUACAACUCAUGGAGCAAUUCGCACCUUUCGGCAGGUGAAAUUCAAUUUAUUUUGUUUGUCCACGCUGCGAUUGAAAUUCCCAAAAUCGUAACGUAACCAUCAUAAUGCUUAAAAGCCGAUAGCCUCUCCGCAGAUUUGUCAGUCGUUUGCGAAAUCUUGCCAAGAAACAUGAAAGCUAUAAUCGCUCUUAUCGGAAUUGUGCUGCUCGUCAUUGCUGGAGCGAUGGGUACACCUGUUGUUGUUGGACUGCCUCUUCCGCUGCCAAUUGGCGUGGGAUUCGGAAUACCACCGACUCCACCUCCGUCGUACGGAUACUAUUCGUACCCACAUCACCAUCACCAUCAUCAUAAUCAUGGAUACGGCUAUGACUACGGCUAUGGAAACUAUGGACAUGGAAACUAUGGAUAUUAUGGAUAUUAACCACUGACUGGAAUUUAGAAUUUUAUGAAAUUUUAUUUAUUAAACUAUUUAUACAAAUAAAGAAAAAGUUAAGCUAAACAGCACGUUUGCUUUAGAUGUAGAAACAUUUCACAUUUAAGUACUAUGAUUAUAUGUGUGUCCUAUGGUUAAGAACAAUGGCUUUUCGAAAAAACGUACAAAAGCUCAGCUUGAUUUUUGCAACCAAAUAAACUUUCCCUAAGAAAAUUUAUGGUAACUUGCCAUAACCCCUUUCCUUUGCCACAAAGCUCUUGCAACAUGGGAGCUUCGAAAGCUUGUCCUUUGCAUUUGGCUUGCAG